GAAUCUGCCCGUUGCCGCUGUUGACCAAAGGUCUUGUUGGCCUGCCUGUCCCCGCCGCCCGGCCCCCAGUCCCUGCGCCACCACCUGCGCCUGCACCAGCUUAUUUGUCUGUAGUCAUUUGCAAACGGCUGCUGUCGUGCAGCGGCAGCCUUGUUAGUGGCUCGUCAGCAGGACCAGUCGGGCAGGGCAGGCGGACUUCCCAACCCCGCUGCGCCCCCUGCAGCAGGCGACGGGUGAAGCUGUGAGCAAUGGAGCAUCCUUCCGUCCAUCCCGGUUUGUCAGGUAAAGACACCAUCAGCAACCCCGCAGACGUCAGCGUCAUCGCCGCGUACUUCAUCGUCGUCAUGGGUGUGGGCGUGUGGUCCAUGUUCCAGACCAACCGUGGGACAGUGAGGGGGUACUUCUUGGCUGGGCGGACCAUGACGUGGUGGCCUGUUGGUGCAUCCCUGUUUGCCAGCAACAUUGGCAGCGGGCAUUUCGUAGGCUUAGCGGGCACCGGGGCAGCCAGUGGCAUCGCGGUGGGAGCCUACGAGUGGAAUGCUCUGUUCAUUGUGCUGUUGCUGGGCUGGCUCUUCGUGCCAGUCUAUAUUACAGCUGGGGUCAUCACGAUGCCCCAGUACUUGAAAAAGAGGUUUGGUGGGACCAGGAUAAGCAUCUACCUGUCAAUCAUCUCUCUGUUCCUCUAUAUUUUCACCAAAAUGUCUGUGGACAUUUUCUCAGGAGCAAUCUUCAUCCAGCAGGCGUUAGGAUGGAACAUCUAUGUGGCUGUCAUCGCCCUCCUCUCCAUCACAGCCUUGUACACUGUUACAGGUGGCCUUGCUGCUCUCAUGUACACCGACACAGUUCAGACCUUCAUCAUCAUUGCUGGGGCCUUUGUCCUAACGGGUUUCUCCUUCGAUAAGGUGGGGGGCUACGGUGCUCUCCUGGCCAGCUACGGCUCUGCCAUGCCGGCUGCGACUGUCUCCCUGGAGCCCCAGCGCUACAACAUCUCCCCGCAGUGCUACACACCCAGACAGGAUGCCUUCAACCUGCUGAGAGACCCUGCCACGGGGGACCUGCCCUGGCCCGGGGUGCUUUUUGGCAUCGCCGUAAAUGGAGGCUGGUACUGGUGCACUGACCAGGUGAUAGUCCAGCGUUGCCUGGCUGCUCGUAGUGUGACCCAUGUGAAGGCGGGCUGCAUCAUGUGUGGCUACCUCAAACUGCUGCCCAUGUUCCUCAUGGUCUUCCCUGGCAUGAUCAGCAGGGUGCUCUAUCCAGAUGAGGUGGGCUGCGUGGUGCCGGAGGUGUGUCAGGAGGUGUGUGGGACCGCGGUGGGCUGCUCCAAUAUUGCCUACCCUAAACUGGUGAUCUCUGUUAUGCCCGACGGUCUGCGCGGCCUGAUGCUGGCCGUGAUGCUGGCGGCGCUCAUGUCCUCCCUGGCCUCCAUCUUUAACAGCAGCAGCACACUCUUCACCAUGGACAUCUGGACGCGCAUUAGACCGCAGGCCAAGGAGAGCGAGCUCAUGGUCGUAGGCAGAGUCUGGGUGCUUUGCAUCGUAGCAGUUAGUAUCUGCUGGAUCCCAGUUGUCCAGGCCGCCCAGAGCGGUCAGCUGUUUGACUACAUCCAGUCAGUUACCAGCUAUCUGGCUCCACCUAUUGCAUCCGUCUUCUUCCUGGCAGUAUUUGUGAAGAGGGUGAACGAAGCGGGGGCAUUCUGGGGUCUAAUGGGUGGCCUGGUGAUGAGCCUGUGUCGGAUGGUCCCCGAGUUCUGGUUCGGUACCGGCAGCUGUCUGUUCCCAUCUAGCUGUCCCAGUCUGGUGUGUGGGGUCCAUUAUCUCUACUUUUCCAUAAUCCUUUUCCUGUGUACCUCAGUGCUGGUGCUGCUAGUCAGCUAUGGUACCGAGCCCAUAAAAGACCAACACCUCUACCGUCUGGUGUUCAGUCUGCGGCACUCCAAGGAGGAACGGCAAGACUUGGACUGGGAGGACGAGGUGAGAGCAAGAAGAGCCCGCAGACGGGCCGAGGACAAGAGAGACAGGACUGAAGGUGACCUAGUGGUUCAGGAAGAGGUCAAGUCUGCUAUCUGUCGCUUGCUUGGCUGGCUCUGUGGUGUGGGUGGUGGCUCUGGUGCCCCUGAGCCCACAGACCAGGAAGGACCUGAGGCAUCAGAACAGCUGCCUGACAUCAGUGAGGACACAGUGUGGAGGCACGCUGUGGAUGCCAACGCCAUCAUAAUGAUGGCUGUGGCGGUCUUUAUGUGGGGUUACUAUGCAUGAGCAGCCAGACUGUCUUGGGUGUUGACUGAAGUGAAAAAGAUGGUGCUUUAAGAUGAAGACAUUUGUUUAUAGUUAUACAUUUAGGUGUGAUUUUUUUUUAAAUGUGCUCUUCCAUGAUAAUCCAAUGAACGGUCGUCACUAAUGAAAUGAGUUCCUUCGCCAUUGUAAAACCACCUGUUGGCAAUGAUGUGGAAUGAACACCUUAAGAUACAAGGUUUGAGAAUGAUGUGUCGAGGCCAGAUAAUGACAAAUUGAGAUUACAUAUCUAAUAAAUCGAAAACCAAAGGCAAGAGGGGCACCUCACCAUUUUCUUCACUUUUAAAUGUAAAUUAGGCUGAACACAAAUAUUUGCCCCAUUGCAAAAAAUAAAUGCAAUGCAAAGCCUCAAAUUACUUAAGUUAGAAUGUCAUUACUGUAUCCUUUCAUAGAUUGAAUUAUUUGCCAGCCUAGUGCAUGGAAACAGACACCCUGCAGAGAGGAAAUCAUCUUUCUGAUGACAAUCAAUGGGGACGAGAAGAGAAUGUAAUAAAAACGCCUUUGGAAAUCAAACUGACUGCAUCCAGACUAUCCUUCCCUUCAACUUUUUGAGCUCCCUCAGAUUUGCCAGCGAAGUCAACGGAGGACACAAAUGAAGAUCUUUGUGUAAUUUCACGGCUGUCCUUCAAUACCUCAAAGAUAUCCGCACUCAUUACUGUGUGAUAAACGUAAAACAAAGCACUUUA